AUGGUUACCUCCAAAUCCAACAUAUCGAGACUAGUCAGAGUAAUUCCUUACCUGUUAUUACUCAGUUCAGUAGCUGUAUCUGCAUCUCCACUCCUUUCGAAAGCGAAACGGCAAUCUUCCAGUUUAACUGAAGACGCUCUAGAGCCAUGUGGAUUUGCGGGAAAUCAGGAUAUAUACGGACUCGGUAUCAGAAUUGGCUUGUAUGCACAAUGGUUGUCGACAUAUAUCUCCAACUGGCUUCACAAUAAAAAGCUCACAAAAAUGAGAGACAUCAACACCAUGUUCCAGCUCGCCAUGUUAGUUGCUCUUAUGUCCAUAGCGAACCAGGACCCGAAGCCGCAUGUCAUUGAUCCUUUCAUCAUCAUCAUUCAGGUCAUCGGAAGUGCCUCCACAAUAACCGACAAAGCCACCCACAAAUCCGAAUGGAAAGGGACAUCUUGGGGCGGAAUGAUUCGAUUUUUUGUCUACUGGGCAGUCUCCUGCUACGCCGUAUGGUUCUGGUUCCUUGGAAUCAAUAAGUUCGCCGAGCUCCCUAAUGCGACCUGUGACCCCAUCGGCUUCGCAUUCAGCAAGCAGCCCCUCUUUGCGGGUUGGUUUCGCACAGCCAACAAAGCUGUCGCCUGCUUCUUUGCAUUCAUAUACACUAUCCUCUUCGGAUACAGUGUAUGGAACUUCGGCCCAGAAUACGUGAGUAAUACACGGACAAAAUUUAGCACUAUGCACCACUCUGUUCCGCCUCAGGCACUACUAGAACCACAAUCAGUGACAGAAAGGGGCACUGCUGAAAUCAGGGAAGUUGAAGCCGAGUCGGCGGAUAGGUUGAAUAAGUGGACACCGGCAAUGUGUUGUCAAGAAUACCCGGAGGCUAUCUUACAAGACCUUGUAGAUACAGCAACAAUCAAAUCUUGA